AUGCCCUCAAGUGAAGUCACAUUGCCCAUCACCAACGCGGCCUCGCCGCUGGGCGUCGACAGGCGACACAAGGUGCCGGACCCGGCUCGCAACACGCUCGUUGUUGUCAUCGGAGAGUUCAUCGGCACCUUCAUGUUCCUGCUUCUCUCCUUCAUCGGCGCCCAGACUGCCAUCGUGAACAAUGACCCAACCGACCCCAAGUCGCCUCUGCUGCCUUACAGCUUGUUGUACAUCGCCGCCUCCUUCGGCACAGCGGUGGCUGUGAACGUCUGGAUCUUCUUCCGCGUUACCGGCGGCAUGUUCAACCCGGCUGUCACCCUAGGUCUUGUCCUUGUCGGUGCCGUGAAGCCCUUCCGAGGCGCCUGUGUCUUCGUCACCCAGAUUGUCGCUGGCAUUGCCGCCGCAGCCGUCACCCAUGGCCUCCUGCCCGGACCACUGCGGGUCACCAACACUCUCGGCGGCGGUGCCAGCAUUCCCCAGGGCGUCUUCAUCGAGUUCUUCCUGACCGCCCAGCUCGUUCUGACCGUCUACUUCCUCGCCGUCGAGAAGCACCGCGCCACAUUCCUUGCGCCCAUCGGCAUCGGCAUGUCUGUCUUCAUCGCCCACAUCUGUGCGACUAACUGGACGGGCACGUCGAUCAACCCGGCGCGCUCCUUCGGCCCCGCCGUCAUCGCCGGCUUCGUGGGCUACCACUGGAUCUACUGGGUCGGACCCUUGGGCGGGUCGGUGCUCGCCUGGGCGGUGUACACGGUGUUCAAGUGGCUCGAGUACCAGACAGCGAACCCGGGCCAAGACAAUGACGACCUGGAGAAGGGACACAAGCAUCACUCCGCUGCUACCAGUACCGCCACUGGCUCCCACGAGAAGUUUGUUCGCCCUACAGACUCGAGGACCGCGAGCGGUGUAUCACAAGCCCACAAGGCCGACUAG